AUGUUCCUGAAGACGCCUCUGCUUCUGGGACUCAUUGUGCUGGGCACCCAUGUCUGGACCAUUCAAAAAGAAUUUGUAGACAUUUGUAAGAACCAUGAUUAUUUUGUGGCAUCUGUGGAGUUUGCUCUGGCUUGGUUCAAUGAUGACAACAUGGAAGAACACUCAUACAAGUUGUUGGAGGUCGGGCAGGCCCAGCAAAAGAGGUGGACAAUGAUAUUUUUAAUGGAGUUGGAGUUGCACCGCACAAUUUGUAAAAAACAGGAUGAAGACUUCAACAACUGCCCCUUACAAGAAGGCCCAGGAAAGAAAAAGGUGGACUGCACCUUUAUUGUGGAUGCCAGACCAUGGUUUUCCCAGUUCUCCCUCCUAAACAGUACCUGCGUGCAGAAAUAG